GCACGCGCGGGGUAAUAAGCCGGGGUCUGCAGCCGCAUGGCUUUCACCAUGCUCAGACCCAUGCAGAUGCAUGCGCUCUACCCGGACGUGUCUCUGCUGUCCGAGGACGAGGAGAACCGCAGCGAGAGCGACGCUUCCAGCGACCAGUCGUUCGGCUGCUAUGACAGCUCGGCGAAGAGACGGAAGACGCCCCGAAAGCCCGGCCAGGUGGUGAUCGUGAAACAGAGGCAGGCGGCCAACGCCAGGGAGAGGGAUCGGACGCAGAGCGUGAACACGGCAUUUACGGCUCUGCGCACGCUCAUACCCACUGAGCCCGUGGACAGAAAGCUCUCCAAGAUCGAGACGCUGCGCCUCGCCUCCAGCUACAUCUCCCACCUGGCCAACGUCCUGCUCCUGGGGGAAGCGUGCGAGGACGGACAGCCCUGCCUCAGCAACGGCUACAGAGCCAAGGACGGCCCCGAAGGCAGGAUCCCCCGGAGCAUCUGCACCUUCUGCCUCAGCAACCAGCGGAAAGGGGCCACCAGGAAGGACCACGUCGGUAACUGUCUGAAGGUCAGAGGACUCAACACGUUACGGGCCCCGCAGAGAUGAUAAAAAUCCACAGACAUUCGGGUGAAAAUAUAAGAAUUUCAGGAGCCAAAGAAAUGCGAGAUUCCAAGGACCUCGGGGUAAAAAAUGCCAAAUAACCCCCAAAAAAUCAAAUGGAUUGCAAGGGGCAGCGGGGACCUCGAGGGGCCGUCAGGCUCAGGGUGAGAGAAGAAGACCUGCAGGUCCCUCACGGCUCGGACUUCGUAACGGACAGAAACUAGCGGCCGGCGGCUACUUUGUUUUUUUCUAUUUUUUUUUUUUUGGAGUAAAUAUUUGUAAAUAUUCGUUCUGCAAAUUUAUAAAUUUUAAUUAAAAUAAGAUUAUUUCAA